GCGCUCCCGGGCGGGGAGGGAGGCCGAUGGCCGCUCGCUGCCGGGCCCGGGCGGUGGCUGCCGUGACCUUCACCGUGACCCUCAGCGCCGUCGCCAGGGCCUGGGGACCACGCUGCACCGCCCUGCACCGCUCCAGUUCUUUGUGUUCAUCGCAGAGAUUCCAUCUUUACUCAGCCAGCAUGUCAGGUUCGAAAGGUUCUGAUGAGAAUUCCCACAACAAGGCUCGAACCUCACCUUACCCGGGGUCAAAAGUGGAGCGAAGUCGGGUCCCCAACGAAAAAGUGGGCUGGCUUGUGGAAUGGCAGGAGUAUAAUCCUGUGGAAUACACCGCAGGCUCUGUUUUGGCUGGCCCCAUGUGGGCUGAUCCACAGAUCAGUGAAAUAAAUUUUUCUCCCAAGUUCAAUGAGAAGGAUGGACAAGUGGAGAGAAAGAGUCAGAAUGGCCUGUAUGAGAUUGAAAAUGGGCGACCCAGAAAUCCUGCAGGCAGGACAGGCCUGGUUGGUCGAGGACUUUUGGGACGUUGGGGCCCAAAUCAUGCUGCAGAUCCCAUCAUAACUAGGUGGAAGAGAGAUGACAGUGGGAAUAAAGUCACUCAUCCAGUUUCUGGCAAAAACAUCUUACAGUUUGUAGCAAUCAAACGGAAAGACUGUGGAGAAUGGGCAAUUCCUGGGGGGAUGGUGGAUCCAGGGGAGAAGAUUAGUGCCACCCUGAAACGGGAGUUUGGUGAGGAGGCAAUGAACUCCUUACAGAAAUCCAGUGCUGAGAAGCAAGAGAUGGAGGAGCAGUUGCACAAACUCUUCAGCCAGGAUCAUCUGGUAGUUUACAAGGGAUAUGUGGAUGAUCCACGAAACACUGAUAAUGCUUGGAUGGAGACAGAAGCUGUGAACUACCAUGAUGAAACUGGAGAGACUAUGGAUAAUCUGACAUUGGAAGCAGGAGAUGAUGCUGGGAAAGUGAAAUGGGUGGAUAUCAGCGAUAAACUCAAGCUUUAUGCCAGUCACUGCCAGUUCAUCAAACUUGUGGCCGAGAAACGGGGAGCUCAUUGGCGUGAGGACUCUGACCCUGGCUGCCACGGAUGACAGUCCAGGUGUGUUCGUGGAAACUAAAGAUCUGAAAAACAGCAAAUGUGUGGGAGAGGGGAAGGGCAAAGAAUGCACAUUAAAAAAGGGCAGGGCACUUCUUUGGGUUAUUGUUUUACUAACUUUGAAAUUAUCUGAAUGUUGAGUGAACUUUCAUCAAAGAGGGAUAGCGGUGAUGGCAGAAUAGAGAAUAGGAGAAAGCUUAUGCAGUUACGUCAGGAUGAGUAAAUGAUUGCAUUUGAACACGUAGUUAGGCAUGACUGAACCAAAUCCAACGCCUGAGAUUCAGAAUCAUUUUAGGGAAAAAGAAGAAUGCCCCGUCACUGAAAUCUCUAUUUUCUUCUCAGCCAUUCACCUCUGCUCUUCUUCUGAAGCCCACAGCCCACUCUCCUCCUGCCCCUAUGGGCACCAGGAGGAGUAACAGCACUGGGAAUUCAUAAGGGUUUUCUGAUUUAUUUCAUUAAUACCUGCUUCCAACUUAGUGUUGCAUGAUUCUGUCGAAGCUGCUUUCAAAACGAUCAUUUUCUAGACUUUAUGUAGAAAAGUUAAGUUUUGCAAGAAAAUUUUAGUCACUGUGUUUCAGUGAAUGAAGACCCAAUAUGAAUUAAAAUUCAGAUGUGUUCCCAUUUUAGGAAGUUCUCAAUAAAAGGCAUGUCCAGGAAAUGAACAACUCAA